AUGGAAGAGCCUGAAGAAGGAGCCACGACUCAACAUAGAAGAGACCGUGCGACUUAUGACAUGUGGAAGAAAAAGAAUUCCACUGCUUGCAUCACUUUGUUGAGUAGUAUGGACAAUGAUCCGAUGACAAAGUAUCGGGAAUAUGAAUUAGCAAAGGACAUAUGGUCCACCCAUGCUACAAAGUUUGGAGAUAUUGAUUAUAAUUAUAGUUAUGCUUGUUUUUCCUUCAUUACAUCUUCCAGUAAUGAUGAUGUGAAUACUGGAGGUGGACUAGCUGAGUUUGCUGUGGCUAAGGAAAGCUUGACAGUUAGAAGGCCCCCAGAAGUUUCUGCAGCUGAAGGUGCUGGCUUACCUGUUGCUGGUCUCACUGCUCACCAGGCCCUCACUCAGUCAGCUGGGAUCAAGCUUGAUGGAAGUGGUAAGGAGACAAACAUUCUGAUCACUGCUGCCUCAGGUGGUGUUGGCCACUAUGCUGUUCAGUUGGCAAAGCUUGGAAACACACAUGUGACUGCCACUUGUGGGGCGCGCAACAUUGAAUUUGUCAAGAGUUUAGGGGCUGAUGAGGUUCUUGAUUACAAGACCCCUGAUGGAGCGGCCCUAAAGAGCCCGUCUGGUCGAAAAUAUGAUGCAGUGAUCCACUGUGCAUCAGCAAUGCCCUGGUCUACAUUUGAGCCGAAUUUGAGCUCAAAUGGGAAGGUGAUAGAAAUCACUCCUGGACCGAGCACCCUGUUGAGUUUUGCUUUGGGGAAACUUACCUUCUCCAAGAAGCAGUUCGUUCCAUUGCUCUUAAUAGCCAAGAAGGAGAACCUAGAUUUUCUCGUUAAGUUAGUGAAGGAAGGAAAGCUUAAGACGGUGAUUGACUCAAAGCAUCCCCUCAGCAAAGCAGAAGCAGCUUGGGCCAAGAGUAUUGAUGGUCAUGCUACUGGGAAGAUCAUUGUGGAACCAUAG